UUCUAAUUUGCAAAACAAGAACAAAUUUUCUCCACCAUGGUAGCUGACAAAAAACCCGAGAAGUUAAAACUGAAGAGUGAAGUUGGGCUGUUGGGUGGUGUGUCUCUCGUUGCAGGAGUCAUGGUUGGAUCUGGGAUCUUCAUGUCUCCUCAAUACGUACUACUUUACAUUGGGAGUCCAGGUGCGAGUCUGUUAAUAUGGGCUGCUAGUGGACUGUUGGCCAUGUUGGCUUCUUUAUGCUAUGCUGAAUUAGGAACUGUGAUUCGUGAGUCUGGAGGAGAGUACGUUUACAUCUUACGGACUUCGGGCAACCUCAUGGCCUUUAUGUUUGCUUUCCUCUCCAUUGUUGUAGUGAGGCCAACCGGUAUGGCAGGAGUGGCACUGAGCUUUGCCCAAAAUGCUCUUGCACCUUUUUAUGACGAUUGUCCACCACCAGAUGUGGCGGUGAAGUGUUUGGCAGCAGCAGGAAUUGUGACAUUGGCUUUAGUGAACUGCCUGAAUGUGCGUUCCUCGUUAGCAGUCUCAGUGUUUUUUAUGGCCGUCAAGAUUUUGGCACUGCUGGUGAUUCUGAUUGGUGGAAUAGUUUCACUCAUUCAAGGAAACACCUCCAGUAGUCUACAACAGUCCUUUGAUGGGACCAAACUGAGUGUGAGUGCCAUUGGGACGGCAUUUUACCAGUGUUUGUGGUCCUAUGAUGGCUGGAACAACUUGAACUCUGUAACUGAAGAGAUCAAGCAUCCUGGGGUUAACCUGCCAAGGGCACUGAUGAUUGCUAUUCCCAUGGUGACCAUUCUUUACCUACUGGUUAACGUCAGUUAUCUAGUUGUUAUGACACCCACAGAGAUGAUAUCAUCUAGUGCAGUAGCUGUUACUUGGGGGAAUAAAGUAUUAGGAGGAUGGGGAUGGAUAAUGUCUGUUGCUGCAGCACUUUCAUCUUUUGGAUCGCUUAAUGGAUCUUUCUUCAGCGGUGGACGAGUGUGUUACGUGACGGCAAGAGAGGGACAUAUGCCAGACAUUUUGGCCAUGGCCCACAUGAAACGGCUCACUCCAUCUCCGGCCCUUAUCUUCACCACUAUUAUAUCCCUCAUUGUGCUCAUUCCUGGAGACUUCCAGGGCAUAAUAAACUUCUUCAGUUUUACGGCCUGGUUUUUCUAUGGGAUUACAUUAUCAGGACUUCUGUAUUUAAAAAUCAAGAAACCUGAACUUCCUCGGGCAAUUACGGUACCCAUAAUUAUCCCCAUCUUGGUGUUGUUGGCUGCUUGCUUCCUGGUGUUGGCACCCAUCAUCGAUGAUCCACAGAUUGAGUACCUCUACGUGACCAUCUUCAUAUUGAGUAGCAUUUUGAUUUACAUCCCCUUUAUUCACUUUAAGCUGUUCCCAGGCGUUUUAAAUAAACUCACAGUCUUCCUUCAACUCUUUCUUGAAGUGGCGCCAACUGACAAAAACCUGUGAUGCGUAGGGAACAGGAAAAUGCAAUGCUUUUCGACUUGUUGAAACUUGUGUCACACCAGGGCACCUUGUAAUGUUUGAAAGUGUUAUAGGUUGUAAAUGUCACCUAUUAUAUGCCUUGUAUGCCUUGACUUGCAAAUAAGCAGUAAACAAAUGAAUGAAGCAAUAAUAGGUAUUUAUCUUUUAAAUCAUGUGUCUCUCAUGUAACGCAUAUGUAAUUAUAAAAGGUCAGAUACUGGGAGAGUCAUCAGUUUAUAAGAUUUAACCCCCUAUUGCAAAGUAAUGUAAAGUUGCCUUAAUUGUACUUUAAAUAAAAUGUAAUUAAAUAGAUUUUGGAUCAAAUUUUUCAGAUCAAUUAUUUUAUACAGUAGAAACUGAAGGGGAAACUUACUGUAUAAUAAUAUAUAAACAUAAGUAUUAGGA